GUUCCUGAAGAGUUGAACAGGAAAAAAAGAUGUUAGUCGCCUUUAAGACCCAGGCAGCAACAUGACUCGUGUGAAUCAUGACCAUCACCCAUGCUUAUGAUUGACAACAGAUUAUGGAGAAAUGAACGUCAACACAGAAAGAGGAGCAUUUACUGCACGGACGUCCGUAUCUUACCACCGAUACAGUUGAAGUUGGAAUUCGAAGGCCUUGACAAGAAAGUAACCGCUUCAACCUACUACUUCAACAGAGGACAAAAAUGCAGUCUUGUGCAUGGAUGAAUGGACAGUACCGACAGGUUGGACCGCCUUCACAAUCCUCGCAGGCUGCUGAUCAGUUUACCCAGUUUAACACACAGAGCAAUCAGCAAACUGGGACUGCAAAUACCACCACAGUCCGACCACCACAAGGUGCUAAUUUCACCUAUCGCAAUGGAGCUUACUCUAACAGACAGCCAUCAAAUAGGCAGACCUCAGCACUUCCUCAUCAGGAAGUUUCUUAUCAGCAUCCGGCUGGUGAGAAUACCCAUUUCCUGAAAAUGUUAACCGGACACUUGCAACACUCAUCUACUAAUACACAAAGUGGAAACCCUAGUUCACUGGUCACUUAUGGAUUUCAGCAAGAUUUUCAUCAUCAGAACUCUGCUCAGAAUUCAUCGACCCAAAGUCCACCCAACAUGAUGAUAGCAAACGCUACAUACCCUCAGCAAAACAUGUCAGCACAAUGGAACCAAUCAGUUAGAGUUCAUGGGAACCAUUCGAUAGGGACACAGAACGGUAAUGUUGUGCCUGAUCUCCAACAUCGUGGGGAUCAGAACAGCUUGUUUUACAGUGUAAAUGGAGAGUCAACUAAGUCCGUUUCAGGAAAGAGUACAACAGCUACCUCGCAUCCACAACAGAUGGUUUGCAUGGGCACAUUAGUGCCUGUUGCUGCACAUAGCAGACAGACUGCUCAUAACCACAAUCAAAGACCAAACGGCACUCAACAUGGCUUCUCUCCUUCCAUCCCUCCACCAAGUUAUAGGUCUGCCUGUCAGUCUUUCGGAGGGAACAGCAUUACAACUAAGUCAUCGUCAAGUUUACAGCAUUUGAAUGUUUUCAGCAUGAGUCAGAAAACUCCGCAAUACUCCACAUAUAACAGUGGGGUACAGGCCACCUCCUCAUUUCCCUCAAAUUCAUAUAGCAGGCAGUAUGAAACCAGCCCUGAGUUUCCCUUACAUCCUGCUGUUGGUACACAAGAGAGAAUGCACAGCCAGCAGAUUAUCGCAAGAAUUGCAGAUGAUCUACGCAACUCUUUCCCUGCUGGCUCAGAUGGUCAUCCUCCAGUGUAUAGUAGUUCACCUGACGGACGGAAGCAGUUUGUCAGUGAGGUCAGUAGGAUGAAGUCUAAUCAAAAUAUGCAACCUUUGACAACAACUGUCACUGCAAGUUAUGCAUCUCAACUGGUUCAGUUGCUUAAUGUCACUUCACCACAUAGGGAUCAGACCCAAUCAUCUGUAGCAAACAACUGUGAAAGGCUUGAAAAGCUCUCAUCCGUUAAGGCAAAUGACAGCUCCAUUCACUCAUCUCCUGGUCGCACAAGAGCUGUUGCUGUUGUGCAACCAUUGUCCCAUGAAAGCUACCAGGUUGUCAGCCAGCAAACCUGUUUGAACAAAAUCAGUGAAUUGUCUGAGGGCACCACAACAGAUGAGUCUUUAAGUAAUCCUGGGAAAUUAUUAAUUUCACCGAAAAACAACCCGGCCGUGUAUUCUGCAUCUAAUCUUUACCUAGAAAACCCAAAUCAAAAUGGGUCCAACGAAUCUGCAGCUGAGCCUCAAGACUCGCAAAAACAAUUAUGUCCAGAUGACACAGGAUCUGAACUGCAAGUAGACCAGCAUGUUGCACAACCUGCUCAACAAUUAGUAACAUCUGAAGUGCCAGUGAGCCAAAGCAGGGAUAAGGGUGAAAGUAAGAUGCCAAAAGAUGCGAAUAAGGUUUUUGAGCUUUCCUCACUCCCAGCAACCCCACUGACACAUGUCGCAUUAACUAAGUUGAUAGAAGUGGCUGAAAAAUCUAAGAUUGAGUCAAGUGACAAUGCAAAGUCUGUUUCUGUAAAAAAAUUACUAGACAUGUAUUGGAAUGGCAAUUGUACAGAGUUGGCAUGUAAGCUCAGGACAGGCUGGUACAGGAAUUUAAUGAGGGAUGUUCUAGAAUUCCACCAGGAACAUUUAACACCAGACUCUGUCAUACUGUCAUAUGUAAAGCGCAGAAACAAACUCAACAGCUACCAUGUCCUCAAACACAAUGAAGUUUAUUCAGAACUGCCCUACAAAUCAUUGUGGUUAAAUGUCAAUGAGCAGCUAGAUGACAUUGACAAAGAGUUUGGCUUACCUCAGUCUUUGAAGCAUCAUCUUUACACGCUUGAGAGUGCCAGCCAGCCAGAUCAGGUCGAGACCAACGACGGAAUCUUUAAAGAGGUGUCAAACAAGAUUUCAUCAAAUGAGCUUAAUCCGGUUGGCUCAAGGGAAGAAAAACAAGACGCCACUGUUGAAGCGACUCUAACACAAGCUGCCUCUCCUAAUACAAUGGAGAGCGCAGAAUCCAGUGACCCAUGUUACUCAUUUGAAAUCCAAGUUUUGUCUCCAGAAAAGGCCAAAGUAAUUUUUGAACAAAUACAAACUGACAAACAAAAGCUGCCACAGAGUAUGGGCAUGGACAAUCAGCUAGAGAGGGUCACUGAAAGCUCUCUGGAUGAUGAGCUACCAGAGGUUAUAUAUGCCACAAAACUGGAGAACGAGUCAGCCUGUUCAAUAGAACAGGUUUGCUGCAUUCCAAGGUGGAAGCAAAUGAUUUGGGGGUCAAACACAGCUUCUUUGAGUAAAUGCCAGUGUGAGUAUAAGCAAAGUCAUUUUAUUACUCACAAGAUCUUUGAUAAGGAAGAGAUGGACGUACAAAGGAAAGAUAAACUGUGUGUGAUCAGCUCUGACAGCCAAUUCAACUUUGGCACAGAAGAAGGGAAUCAAGCGGAGGAUGGAGAGAAUGUCAACAGUCAGGUUAUAACACUUCAUUGGCCUGAGCUAUGCAAUGAACUCGGUUACACCAUUGACUUUACUGAAGAUGACAAAAAACCUCACUCAUAUUCUGACAAAGAACCACAGAACAUUUCCCAGAUAAGCAUAAAUAGCAGCCAGUCGAGCAUUACACUCAUAAGUGAAAACGAAGAUGAUCUGUCAAGCAGUAAAAAUGACAUUCCCAACCAGAAGCCAGACUUUGAAAGUGAUUCUGAACGAGCUCCGGUAGAAUUGACAGAAAGUAGCCAGUCGAGCUGUUCAGACGAGAAAGAAACCAACUCGGCAUUCAAAAGUGACACUGAAAUUCAGCCGGACCUUGAGGUGGAUUGUGUACAGGAUCAGUUAAAAUCAAGUAUGCAGUCAUGUACUUUGGUCAGUAGUGACUGCAGUGAAAGUGAAGUUGCCAGCAAGAUGUCAGACCUGUCAGAGAAUUGUGGACAAGCGCGGCUGACAUCUACAACUGUGACAGAGCCAUCAUUGGAAAACGAAGAAGAACAAACUCAAGUUAGUACGACGGAUGCCCUCCAGAAAGCUUGGAGCGGUAAACAUGAAACUGUUGAAAGAAAAAGAAAGAGAUCAAGCAGUCAAGAUCAAUUUUUUCCAAUCUUUAAUAAAUCUAAGAAAUGCAAAUCCCUUGUUGAUGUGGAUUCACAGCCUGUCCUUGAGGGCUCUUCAAAAUGUGGAAUGGUUUUUGUUGAUGCCACUGAUGGUGAAUUUUCAGCCUCAAACGUUAGAACAGUAGAACUGGUACCGUACGGCUCAACAUCACAAAACAAUUGUGUUUUAAUUAGCGGCAGAAAGAGCCAUAUUUCAUAUCCAGAGGUUGUGUCUGGUGCAGCACCAAAGCCUCCAAAGGUUAUCACUGUGAAACUCAGUCCCUUGAAGAGAAUGUCCAGUGAAACUGUCCCAACAGGGAGACAUACAGUCAAACGAAAUCUUUACGACAAAUGGAGUAGAAGUUUGCCACCAACUAAAAUUAGGCACAGAAGCAAACUGAAAGCAAUGUGUACUUUUGCCUCUUUUUUUGGGGGAGGUCUCAAGAAAGCUAAAACAGCUGGCCCCGCUAACACUCAACAGCUGCAAGUUUCCUCUGAAAUGAGGACCAGGAAUGGAAACACAAAGCCCUGCCUGAGUCUGAAGAGGAGGAGGACCCUCUCUAAUGGACUCAAACGUGGAGAGGAGAGGACGAAGAAAUACACCGUCACACUCGGCCAGCCCGCUAAACAAGAGAGAAGUGUGGCUGAAAAUGGAGGCCGUCCUGUCCCGCCUCUCCAGAACAACGUCCUGAAGUUCAGUGUCUUACCCAAUACCUUCAACUUCAAAGAUGGUUCCAACGGGACAAAGGAAACCAAUGAUCCUGUUACAGACAAGGCUGACCUUGUUGAAGGAAAGGACCAGAGCCAAAACAAAACUGUCACGAGUGCAAGAGGUACAUGGUUUCCAAAUCCUGAGAAGAAGUAUAGUCCCUUGACCAAGACCGGCAGCGUCUUUUACGAGUUUCAGAAGAAAUACAUGGAGAGGACGCAGCCAUCCAUGGACGGCUAGCUCGACGGCCAGAUGUUUUGUUGGCAUUAGACAGUUUUUUUUUUAAGUCAAAUAUUGUCAUCUACCUGAGACAUUUUUAUUGAGUCAUUCUCUUCCAAAAAUGAUGUCUUUGUAUUUUUGUACUGUAGGUAUAAAUGAAUGUUUGCAAGUUUGUAUACAUUUGCUUUCAACAGCCUGUCAAACAAGUUUAACUGUAAAUGGGUCACAUGUGUUCUUGUCAAUUUGCAAAUCAAAUUGUCAGUUGUCAACCUGAUUGUAAAAUUGUUCAUGUCAUCCACUUGGUACAAUUCAGAAUGUCUCACAAUAUUUUAUGCAAAAUGUUCACUUUUAGAGAUAUUAUAUAUUUCAACUACAUAUUUAUAUAUUCAUAUUUUUCUACAUUAAUAUUUUUUAUACAAUAUUUGCAUCUUAUAUACUAUUUUUUUUAAAUAUACAAGAAAUGUGAUCUAGUGUUUUAUGCACUGAUAGUUAAUUUGAAAGAAGCCCUCACCAUUCUUGUUUAAUUUGACUGUUUAAAACUGUCUGUUUUACUGUUUUUACCAGAAAUAAAUUCACUUUCCGAGCAGAA